AUGGCGGUUUUCAUGCCUGGCACCUUUGCGUGUCUAACAAGCAAGUGCGCAGCGGUGGAUGCAGUGCCUUGCACUGCCUGGAGGGAUGAGUCGUGGGGGAGGGGGCGCAAGUGGGAGACACGGGCGCCCUCUGGAGAUUGGAAAGACAUGAUAAGCCACUCUGGUGGCUGCAGCUGUCUCAAGAAAUCCUGCCUGUUUGCGCUUGCGAGAAACAUUGCAGGGCAGUGCGCUUCAGCGACUCACCCUGUGUGGGUCGCCGCAUGCCUCUACUGCACAAAACUUGCUUCUGGUUGGAACGCCAGGCGAGGGGGGGCACGGCAGUGUGCAGUGACGGGGUUGCAGGAGCGUGUCAUGCAGCGAUCGUAG